UGAAGCCAUGAACAAUAAUGCCAACAUUCACCAUUUCUUCAUCAAUUUGGCCGGCAACCCAAACACCUUUCUUUCCUCAACUUCAUCGACCAAUCAAAUUUCUGUUAUCCCCAAAACAAUGUUUCUUCACUUUUGGAGAAGAAAAAGCUGAAUGUUUGCUGACAAACAAUGAUUUCCUCAGGCAAAUGGAUGAUAAUUGGAGCCGGCAUUGCUCUCUCAAUUGCGAUACUCAUUACUUCAUGGAACCUAUGGAGGUCAAGGUUCAAAUCAAAUUCCUCGCAAGAGGAGGAAAAGAAAAAUAAGUCCAAAGAAUUGAUACUUGAUGAGUAUACUUGUAAAAAAAUCCCAGUAAAGGAGAUUUAUUCUGCGACAAAUAAUUUGAAUGCUUUGAACUUCAUUGGGCAGGGAAUUGCAGGAAAGGUAUACAAAGGAGUUCUUUCGAACGGUUGGCAUGUUGCCAUUAAGCACAUAAUUAAGGACGGAUAUGUCGAAACAUUUGUGAGAGAAGUGACUAGCUUAUCACAUGUUAGACACCGAAACCUUGUGAGUUUGCGAGGCUAUUGUGAAGAAGCAGAAGAAUGUUUUCUUGUUUAUGAGCUUUGCCCUAAUGGAAAUCUAUCCGAGUGGCUAUUUGGAAAGGAUAAAUUUCUUUCAUGGCUUCAGAGAGUUGAUAUUGCUUUCGAUUGCGCUCGUGGUCUUCAGUUUCUUCACACAUAUCGUGAAGGUUGCAUUGUUCAUCGUGACAUCAAGCCAACAAACAUUCUACUAGGACCAGAUUUUGAAGCUAAACUAUCAGACUUCGGGUUGUCGAAAGUCAUUGACCACGGUUUAUCACAUGUUAGCUCUGAAGUAAGAGGUACAUUCGGCUAUGUCGAUCCCGAAUACAGACAGAACCGACACGUAAACGCUGCUGGGGACGUAUAUAGCUUCGGAAUAGUCCUACUUCAGAUUCUUUCAGGAAUGAGAGUACUAAAUCUGAAUGUGAUGAAGCCAAUGCCAUUAGAGAAGACGGCAAAGCAUAUAGUAGAAGGUGGAAAUAUUGCUGAAUUUGCAGACCCAAAAUUGUAUGGUGAGUACUCAAAGGAUGCAUUUGAGAUGGUUCUCAAUUUAGCCCUGUCAUGCACUUCAUACAAACAGCAGAGACCAUCAAUGGAACAGGUCAUGAAAAAAUUAGAAAAAGCUCUGGAACUUUCGUUGAGAGAAAGUGCAAUGCAUCGAAUAAGCAUUUCUUCAGAUCGUCCUUUGGUCGGGAAAACUCCGUAUUCUGAUGGUUUUGGUUUUCUGCAAAAAUAGAAGAAUUGAAAUUCGGCAUGUAACAGUACAGAGAUGAUCUUCACUUCACACAAUAUACAUAGUGAGGAUUUCCAUGCCGCCAGAAGAAGUAGUAGCUAUUUGCAGAAUAGAGCUCUUCUUAGACUUGAAUUGAUUUGAAGAUUCCUUUCUUCAUUUAUCACCCGGGGGUUUAAAUGCACCGACAUUUCGCUUUCCCUUGUCUUUUAUUAAUUGACAUAAGCUCAUGAAGCAGUGUAUCUUUA